UUGAAAAUCGACGCUUGCCCGGUGUCUCCUGCGUGUACCGCGUCCCUUCUCUCCUCUCGAUUUCCUUCCCCUUUUUCCAUCCAGUGGCCCUUAUCCCGUGUACCGGCGGCGCCUCUUGCUCCAAUCCACGUGCAUAAGAGAUAUACGUAGGUGUGCGUGUACCAGAGUGCGCGCAAGUGUACGCACACGCGAUCCUCUUUCGAUAUAGGUGCGUGAAUCGCGAUUGCGCGCUCCGACUCUCCGUACGGCGACUGGCGCGCAGUCUGGUGGGGGGACGCGUCACCUGUCGGGGUGCUGCGCGCCGCCAGUGUAUCGGCGACCGUCCUUGGGUGCGGGUCGUGUCGUUUGCGUAGUCCCUUUAACGGACAAGUGAGACUGGCACAGUGUACCGAGAGAGAGAGAGAGAGAGAGAGAGACACACGCAUACAUACACACGUGUUCGCCGAGUCGUUGUCCUACCUCGAUCGCGUAUAUACUCGCGUUUUCUCUCUCGCUUCCAAAGUUCGCCGAUUUUUCUUCCGCUUCUUUUCGCCGGUUUUUCGAACACGUCGAGGUGCGUGCUCGCACGCCAGCUUCGGUGCCGUGGAUGUGCGCGGUCAGGAAGCCGGUUGUCCGCAAGGAAACAUGCGUGAGCAGAGCUGGAGGACAACGACUGCGACAACGACGAGGAACACGCUGCACGUGACUGCGGCACCCUCGCACGUUCUACUGCAGUGAGUGGAGCGAAAGGGAGGGAAAAGAGAGUGUGAUAGAAACACGUCCUUUCUCCUUCCGUUUUCACGUCGAAGUCUGUGCUUGACGGGGAAUAAAAAUUAGAAAUAAAAAAGUAAAGAGUGCCGGUGAUUGGUGCGAUUAUUCGUGAGUUAACCCGAGGUUCUUUCUUUGCGUGAUCCGCUCUCGGAGAAGACUACGAAUCCUGGCACGUUUUCGGCGUCGCUCGAACCAGCCGAGAGAAGAUGAGGCGUACCAUCUUGGAUACGAGGAUGCACCCGGUGUUAUCCUGCUGGUGCGUCGUCGCCACCGUCAGCCUCGUCCUUGCAGCGUGGCAGGAAAACAUCAGGCCGAAGAUGUACGUCCAGCUGGGUGCGGAAGAUGUGUUCAGGUUUACGGGGAACGAGACGCACACAGACUACUUUCGGCUGAUGCUACGGGACGGGAACUAUCUUCUGGUCGGCGGAAGAAAUCUUGUGCACAACCUGAGCCUGACCGACUUAACCGAGCAGCAGAGGCUGACUUGGUACUCGACCGACAGCGACGUAAAAAUGUGCCUGGUUAAGGGCACGCCCGAGGAAAACUGUCAAAAUUACAUUCGCAUUCUCGUGAAGACAGAUACGAGCACGUUGCUGGUGUGCGCGACGAACGCGUUCAAGCCAAUGUGUCGCGAUUACGCGGUGCAGCCAGGCAAUUACACGAUGUUGAAGGAGAAGGGUGGACAGGCAAGGUGUCCCUACGACCCACGUCACAACAGCACCUUCGUCUACGUAGACGGGGAGCUUUACACCGGUACAGUGGCAGAUUUCGCGGGGAUGGAUCCCAUCAUCUACAGGGAACCCCUGCAAACUGAGCAGUACGACUCGAAGAGCCUGAAUGCGCCGAACUUUGUCAGCUCCAUGGCCCAGGGAGACUUUGUCUAUUUCUUCUUCAGGGAGACCGCCGUGGAAUAUAUCAAUUGCGGCAAGACCGUCUAUUCUCGCGUGGCGAGGGUGUGUAAAUACGACCGUGGUGGUCCGCAUCGAUACCGCAACAGAUGGACCUCGUUCCUAAAGUCUCGUCUCAAUUGCUCCGUCACCGGAGACUUUCCUUUCUACUUCAAUGAAAUACAAUCAACGACGGAACUGAUAUCGGGUCAGUACGGCAAUACGUCGGCCCAGCUGAUAUACGGAACGUUCACCACACCGGUGAACAGCAUCAGCGGAUCGGCUGUUUGCGCAUUCUCCUUGCAGGACAUCACCGACGCGUUCAAGGGUAACUUCAAGGAGCAGAGCGCCAUCAACUCGAACUGGUUACCCGUGCAGAGCGGCAAGGUACCCGAACCGAGACCCGGACAGUGCGUAAACGACUCUCACGCAUUGCCUGACCUGACCCUCAACUUUAUCCAUACGCACUCCCUCAUGGACGAGCUGGUGCCGAGCUUCUUCGGGCAGCCCAUAGUCAUCCGCACCAGCUUCCAUUACAGAUUCACGCAGAUUGCUGUGGAUCCCCAGGUGAAGACGCCAGGUGGUAAAACAUACGACGUGUUGUUCAUCGGCACCGACAACGGGAAGGUGAUCAAAGCGAUAAACGCAGAGUCAGCUGACACUCAUCUGAAGGUCAGCCCGGUGGUGAUCGAGGAGAUACAGGCGUUUCCUCCGACGGUGCCGGUGCGCGGUAUCAAAGUGGUGAGAGCAUCUCAAGCUGGAGAUGGUUUGGAGGAUGGCCGGCUGGUCGUGAUAGCCGAUAGUCAGGUACAGGCCCUCAGGCUGCACCGGUGCUACAGCGACAGGAUCUUGUCGUGCGGCGAGUGCGUGGCCUUACAGGAUCCCUACUGUGCUUGGGACAAGGUGGAGGGCAAGUGCAGGGCCCUGGUCGGACCAGCAGCCACCGAUGCGAGCAGAUUCCUUCAGAGCGUCGCGACUGGUUUGCACGCUUCUUGCCCCCCGAGCAAAAGUCUGAGCAAGGAAACGGGUAGCGUCGGUGCCAUCUCUGCGAACCAGAAUAAAUUCCCCCAGGACUCGAUGAUCCCCAACAAAGACAGUCCCGGAGGAGAGAUCAUCAACAUCAUGCACGACGAGGAACAGGAUAAUUCAGGUCCAGAAGUGUCCGCGGCAGACUCACCGCCGCCGCAGUACUCCGUUGAAACUCUUGUAAUGGCUGUGGUGGCUGGUGCAUUGGCAGCUUUGCUGGUCGGUUUCGUGGCAGGUUAUCUGUGUGGCCGAAAGUGCAGAAAGGACGAGGACGACAAUCUGCCAUACCCAGACACGGAGUACGAAUAUUUCGAGCAACGACAAAACGUGAACAGCAGGUUAGCGCCAGAGCCAAAAUUGUUGCCUCAGGAGGAAGUGACGUACGCGGAGCCGGUGUUGGUUCCCCAGCCUCCAAAGUCACACUCCCCGAAGGGCACGAUGCGGAAACCACCACCAACACCGACGGAAACGCUGUUCCAAUUUCCAGACGGUUACGGGUUCCGUGGUCCGAGGGAUAAUUUCGGUACCUUACGGUCCCACCAGGGCGACGCGUAUCGGCGCAACGACGGGUUCGCGACCACCCGUAGCGUGAAGAAGGUUUAUCUCUGAGAAACGAGCGAGGAGGGAGGUGGCCGUCACCGGAGCUUAGGACGGCCAGCACGCAAUCGGCACAACGCGACGACAGCGGGAAGGAGUAGUCGCGCUGUGACGUCCGGAGGACAGUCGAAUCGCGAGCUCGCGGGCCCGAGGGCGCUAGAAUCACCUACGCCGCCCUCAAGCGUUUCGUCCAGUUCUCCGUCACCUCCCUCCUCGUCACCUUCGCCCACCCUCGUACCGAUCGCCAUGAGCGGUGGUUCACCGCCGCCGCCAACACCGCCCUGCAGUUUCAUUUAUCGGUCAUAGUCGUCGUCGUCGUCGGUGUCGGCCUCCUCACCGCCGCCGUCGUACUCUGCUUCUUGUUACGCGACGCCAGCAGCCGGGACACCGUUCUACGGUCCUACUGCUCGUUGCGAUCCUUUGUAAUUAAACGCGCGCGAUUCGAUAUCCCGAGACGCGCGCGGCACGUUCUAACACGUUCCCGAAUUUUUCCGUUUCGUUGCCAGUUCCUUGCGUUACGUUCGCUUACAGUCCUCGUUUUCGUUGCAUUUCACACGGUCAGGUGUCGUCUACGGCGCGACGAGAGUCCCGACCGACGGGAGGAUAACAUGGAAGAAUUCUCCCGCGUUUCUACGAUCAGAGAAUUCGCCAGGAUAACCAGCGACGUCGCGAUCUCCGUCGAUUUUUUAAAUCGAUCGUUCCCUCCCGAAAAAUAAAGCGCGUCUAUAGUAUUACGGCAAGGUUUCUUCUCGUGAAGUCAAUUAAAAGAGACUAUCGUCGGACUCGACUUGCGAUUUUUCUAAUGUUGUAAUAUUUAACGCGAGUGAUCGACAGUGCCAUUAUUGUUCGCGUAAUACUAUCGCGUGCCUCUUGAAAUUUGCGUUAACGGAUGAAUCUGGGUGUCUUGCUCGAUCGAGGUAACGAGGAAAUUUCGCUCGUCGACGAGGAAACGGAUAAAUAGAGGAAGGUGAAAACUUGUGUAUGCGUGUGUAUUUAUUAUCGGACUAGACACCGUGACCGUAGGGACACGAUCGUUGCACCCUGUACCGAUCGCGGAGAUCGCCACGUUGCCUUUUGGGGAUGGCUCGGUUGAUCGAAAAACAAGACUCUCUUACCCGCGGUCCGAGAGAAACAGUUCAGAUACCGUCGAGAGUAUUCCUAAGUUUUUGUCGUACCUUUCGGAAACGCGCAUUUCAUCGGCUGCACAUAUACGAGAGGAGAGCAAGGAGAGAGACUUCCUUCGACGAAGGAACAUGAAGAGAGAGGAGAGAAAGAGAAGGAAAGAAGAAAGAGAGGAGCGAAAGCACACGAGGCUUGUAUGUAAAUAAUACGUAUAUACAAAGAAAAAAAAAAGAUAAAAUAACAUAUACAACGGUUUAAAAGUUAUAUGAGCGGCAGAUGGGAGAUAAUGGAAAGAAAAAUCAGUCCAUCUAAGAGAUCUUGGGCCCGAUGGUACACGUAGACAUCUAUCUUAAAGUGCUUCUUAUUUCAGUGUGUUUAGAAGUAACGCGUAUGUGAUAUAUACUAUAUGACACGAGGUGUUUUUCUAGGCGUUCAGAGAAAGAGGGUUGAGAAAGCGAGAUGAAGAGACGGUGCACAGCAAGAGGGAUGCACACCUGAAUGACUCUAUUUUUUUUUUCUUUUUAUUUUUCCUGUUCGACACGCACACGAUACACCGAGUAUACACAACAAACGGACAGGUACGCUUGUCGCUAGAUUUUUCCUGAUCACUUUGCCAACCGUAUCCGGGUACUUAAAAGCUGAAUAACAAGAAACGUUCAUUUCAAAUUUAUCGUUAACCCAUCGGUUGGCAGAGUGUUGUUACCGAUUUCAUCGGUUACUCGAUCGAUAGAUCGAUGUUCUGAAUCGAAAAACGAAGGCCCGCCCUUAUCACACUGAUCCCCUUGAAACGGUAAGACUGAAAAGAUUCCCCGAAAGGGGCGGGUCCCUCUAUCCGUUCUUAGAGUAACAAUUAGAUCGGCAUCGAACGUGGUUUCCUUUGUCGACACAGUACAAAUAUUCGUCGCGUUCCUUCGAACAGAAUUAUCUCCGGUUUCGCGAGCCACGAAUGCAGGUUUCGAAAAAAUCGCCAUGAAGGGCUCCUGCGAGUUUGAAAAUUGUCAGGAAGGUUUAGGAGAAAGAAAAAGUGUCAUUAAAAUUUGAAUAAAAGAGGGUAGAAGAAAUCUGGCAUUCAACUUGCGAAGCGACAGUUUGACGAUAGAAGGGAACUCGAUUUACACGUACACGCACACACACAGAGACAUUGAACCCACACACAUAGAACACGCGUAUAGACUGAAGGCGUGGAAAUUUCACACGUUUCAAAGCUGCCAUGUAUAAUCGAGCCGACAUUGUUCUGGUCGUUUGCAAAAAAAAAAAAGAAAAAAUGAAAAGAAAAAUAUCCGAUUGUAUGUACCUCCGGUGUAGGUAGCGUAUUUUUAACGGCUUGCUUUCUCGCGUCGUUCGACGAGGUACGAACGUUUUUCUAAGUUUGAUACGACGAAAACGAGAUUCGCGUUUUAUUCCGGUUAAGGUUCAACUGAAACAUCCCUGUUACGUGAUCUUUUUCGCGAAUGGAAGACUCAGGCACGAUACCAAAGAUAUUACUCGUAAACUAGACACACCCGUUGGUCAUUGUGAUGAUGAUGAUGAUGAUGAUGAUGAUAAUUGAAGAGGCGCACAAUACGUUUAGGGAUGGUUGAAGGGCCCCUCGCACAAAAUCGAACCGCAUGAAAAGGUUCGAAGGCAAUGAAACGGCCUCAGAACGAACACAGCAGUUCUUUUACCCUUCGUUCACGCCCCCUUUUCGAAUUUUUAUCCUUUACACGUUUACUGCCCCCUUUGUACAAUUAACCCCUUGGCCUGGCGAUUUUUAUUCCACUUGAGCGCGCUAGAAUUAUUAUUAAUAGCAACGGGACAAACCUAACCCAGUCCUAAUUCGUUGCUUAAACGCGAGAGCCGACGGGAAUAUCUGAAAUACUGUACAUAAUUUUUCUUUGGAAACCGUCGGCGUCGCUAACAGCAUUUGGAAUUUUAAUUAAAAAUUUAAUUACGCCACGAAUAGCAUUUAUUUUAGAGUAUAAUAUAAAACGCGAAUGCCGCUCAACGUUAUAGGCAAGGGGCUAAUAAUACUUACCUCCAUUUUAUGUGUUCAUUGCGAGAUUAAACUUGCUAUUUUUCGUACUUUUAACCGCAAGAAACGGGGGUGUAAACGAAGGGGUCAGAUCGAUUUCAAACGAUCGAACGAAAAAUCGAGGGAAACGGAGAACGUUGGAAUCAAGUAAUGCAUGAAAGGCUGCGAGAGAUAUUUUUCGAAACGAUAGCAGCUUGGAACAAUAAAAACAUGGGACAAAGUUAAUGGAAAUAAGGGUGGGAAAAUUGUGGUAAAGAGGUCAGAAUUCUAUAAUCUUAAUAUUAUUAAAACGAACGUUGAUAAUACUUGUAAUAAAAGUUAAAAAGGGACAAAACGGGGGAGGGAGAAUUCGACGAUGUUAAACGUGUUCAAAGAAGCUCUCGCGCGUUCGUGUUGUUUAAGAAAAAGCCAAUAAGGAACGGAUUCCAUCCAAAAUACAAAAAAAAAAAAAAACAAAGAAAAAAGAAGAUUGAUUCGCAGAGUCGUUUAUUGCGUGAGCGAAUUUUUGUUUCUUUUUUUCUUCCAAUGAUGGUUGAUUGAAUGAAUUCGAGGGAGAAACCUUUCCCAAAAAAAAGUUUCCGUUGUCGAUGCGUCGCGAGAAGCGGGACGCGAUGAUUUUCAUGCAUUAUUUCAUUUCAAUCGCUUAGAAGAGCCCGAAAUCUUCUUUUUUUUUGAUUUUCCUUUUUGGGGUCUGUACAUUUCUAAAGGUAGAGCACGAGAUGAAGCGAAGAAGGAAGAAAAUAUAGAAGGUGGAAACGAGAGAGAAUGCGCGUGUGCUUGAGCGUGGAAAAGUUUAGCCAGUUAUUAUUACGAUUAUAAAUUGAUAAAAAAAAAAAAAUUAGGUAGAAACUCGGAGCGUCCACGUUUUGAUAGGGAACGUCUCCGAUUAGAGAACGCAAGCAUGUAUGGGAGAAGAGAUUUGACGAUGAAAGCUUAGACAUAAGUAGAGGAUUAGCAAACGGUAUAUAUAUAAAUAUAUAAAUAUAUAAAUAAAUAUAAAUAUAAAUAAAAAAUAUAUAUAUAUAGAACGCUUGAAACGUAUAUUAAUAUUAUAACUUUUUAUAAAUAUAUUUUUCCGUCGAAGUCUAGCCUAGUUGGAUACAUACACGGUUAUUAACGACUAUUAAUUUAUCCGAUCUUGAUUAUUAAUAUCGAGGAUCUAGCGUUAAUUCGAACACAUUUUAGACGUCAUAGUUUUACAUGAUAGGCAAACGUUGUACGAAAUUGUAAGCGAAGGGGGGAAGAAUGAUAAAGAUGAAACACAUUAGUACCUAAAGUUAUGAAAAAUUUAACUACUAGCGUUGAGCCAUCGCUGAAAAAGGGUUCCGGUGUCGAUCGUUUCGCGAUCCGUCGAUCAAUAUUUCGUGUAAAUCCUUGGACGAGUGACAUCGUUCGGGGAAAUUGUUAAGAGUGCGAGGUAAACCGAUCGAUAGGAUCGCGGAACGAUCGGAACCGCUCUUUUUCGCGCUUUGUAAUUAAGUGAGAAACAAAAAGAAACAGAACACGAGCGAGAAAAGUUAGCGAUUUAGAUGAGAGGAAUGAGAGAGCGAGAGAGAAUGCGUAUACACGUAUAAAAUAGUCUGACAUUGUACGCGGAACAUUCGUUUCUUUUCUCUUCUUCUUGUUUCCUCUUGGUUUUGCCAGAGAAGAAGAUAGAGUGUGAAUGAAAAAGAGAAAGAAACGGGAUUUAAGUAAAAGAACGAGAGCCCUAGGUUCUUCUACGCACGAAAUCCACCCCCGUAAAAAGAAUGAAAUAUGUUUCACUACGACUGUCGGGUUCUCGUUCGUUGCGCUGAUUACCGCAUCUAACGCUAAUUAAUAAUUACCGAUAACUACCAAGUAAUAAUCAUACUGUUAACUAAAGAAAAAAAAAAAAUGAAAGGGAAGUAAUAAAAGAUCGCGAUAAUGCCGGAUGGUGAUUUUUAAAAAGGAUGAAAGAAAGAAAGGGAAAAAAAAAAGAAAGAAAACGAAGGACACUAUAUAGGUAUUUAUUAUCAACGACAAAGUAACGAGAACGUAACACGUAUUUUGCUUCUUCCUAAUACAGUGCCGUUUACGCUAUUUUUUACUGUAACUGAUAGAGAAACAAAAGAAGAAAUUCGGCCAAGGGGUGUGCGCGCGGCAUACCAAGAGGGGGUGAACGUGUCGCCACCCUUUCAACAAAAUAAACCGCGAAACUGUGUGUGCGUACGUGUAUGUGUGUGCGUGAGAGAAAGAGAGUAUGCGAAUGAAAGUAACAAAGUACGAAAGAGCAAGAGCUUUGUGGAAAAAUCCUUCGAAAUAUGCGACUCUGGCCCGUUUGAUCAACCUGUAAAAAAGAAUGAAGAAAAAUCGAGGCCGAUUAGUCGAUACUCGUAGCGCUUUGUUAACGACACUGCGGUUCCUUUUUGGAGCGUGUUCGCGUAACUCGUGAAAUAUCGUAGAAUUUACGUCCUCGUCCGUCACGAAACAGCCGAACUUGCUCUCCGUUCAAUCUCGACUAAUUCGCCUCCCUUUUUUAUCCGCGCUGACAUUUCUGUCCCUUUGCUCGGCCGAGCACAUCCACUGUCAAUUAUACAAGGAACUAAGCGGCGUAAUUUUUAGUCGUUCAGUCGCGUAAUUCUUGCAAACUCUCCCCUGUCUUGUAAACUUUUUCUUCCCGGUUCUUUAGUACGGCGAAAAAAAAAAAAAAAAAACGGGCUACCUAAAACGGCCGCGACGCAAAGGGACAGAAAUAUCUGAUUUUCUUCUUCUCGAUGGAACGAACGGAGUCACGAUUCGAGGAGGAAAGGGAACGAAAAGGGCCUUUCGCUCUUGCGCGAUUCGAGACGAAGAGAGAAUGCGAAUCAGAAUGUAUGGGAGAAAUGAGAAAGAGAAAUUUUUUCACGCGACGUUCCAAUGCCGCGAGAAAUUCCAUUUGUUCAAGGCGCUUCUCGGCACGAGGUUCGCCGCAAGAGGGGUCGUAAUCGAUUUUUAAAAAAAGAAUAUAUAGUAACCGGGAGGAUGAAUAAUAAUUAAUGAUAAUAUUAAUAAUACUAAUAAUAACUGCAUUAAUACCGACGGUAUAUUAUUGCCGAUAAUUAUAUUAUAAUAAUACUCUUUAUAAACGCAGAGGAGAGUGAUCGAUGAACGAAUGAAAGAACGAAAGAACGAAAGAGAGAAAGGAAUGGAAAAUGAUGAAAGAACGAGAGAUAAGUAGUGUUUUUUUCGCAGUAGGCUGACGGUAGAGACACGGCACGUCUAAUAUUAACGAACAAAUUUAAAAAAAAAAUAAUAAUAAUGAUAAUGAUAAUUAAAAAAGUAAAGUAAAAAAAAAAAAAAUAUCAUAACGCGAAAAAAAGGUACUGUAGUGAUUUACUAUCGGCUGACACGUAGUGUGAAUGCUGACAUAGGAGAAGCAUGCUGGCGGCGAGUGCUUUUGUGCAAUUCCGAGAUGAAUGGCUCGCUUUCCCGCUUCCUUGUCUUACCUUCGAAAAUACGAUUUUUGCUCCUAUGUACUUACAAACUUGUAAACCUUGAAAUUUACGCGGCAAGAAAACGAUGGUCCAGAGGGUAGAAGAAAGAAAUCUGUAGCGACGGUGUCGUGAUCGAUAACGACAAAGACAUUUUCGUCUCGCGACACUUGCUUUGCCAUAAAGAAAGAGCUAAGAGAAAGCCAGAGAGAAAAAAAGACUCCUUUCCAUUACCGUAUUGCGUCUGUUAUGCCUGACAUAGUUCGCUAUUAAAGAAAAAAGAAAAGGGAAGAACAGGAUUCUCGCGAGGGAAGUAAAGCUCGGUGAAAACUUAGCGAAGAACCGGAUGCGGGGUAUGACGAGGAAGGGAGAGCGAGCCGGAGAGAAAGCUCGUGGAGAAUGGAUACGAAAGAUGGAGAAUAAGGAUUAAUCGAGGAAGAUAGAGAGAAAGGGAGAGUGUGAGAUAGAAUGAGAGGGUGGCGAGCGAGGGUGAGAGAAUGAAGAGGAGCGAUUGUAGAUUCGGAAAGUCACUUAGCCAGCAGACUGCUGUUCAUAGUGCCCUGUUAUAGUGGGUUCCCUAGGCAGAGCGGCAGAGACAUGAUCGAAAAGUGAAAAACGAAAGGUUUGAAAAGAGGAAAACCGAGCUUGUCGAAGGGAAAAGUACACACGGUGAGGGGAGAAAAUACGAGGAUGAAUUUCAAAGUCUUUUCUUUUUUUUCUGGAACAAAAACUUCGAUUUGAGAUUUGUUUUUCUCUCUUCGAUAGAUUUUAAAAAGGUUCUCAAUGAUACCAGAAAAUUCUUUUUAUGUAUCGGUAAAUUGGAAAAGGUACGAUCGCUCGUGAAUAUGAUUUAUUUGAAAAAAGAUGUCUCAAUGUUGAGAAUAUUUUGAAGGGAAUGGAUUUGAGGAAUGACAAAGUGCUCCGCUCUCUGCCCACGGGACCCUGAUCUAUUUUUCAGAAUACGCUAUUGUGAUUAUUACUUAUAUGAUAACAUUUAAAGAAAAUAACAAAAAAAGAAAAAAGAAGAAACCACUAAAAGCAGAAAAAACACCUUGUACUAUUGUUUAUUAUACGAUUCUGACGAUGAUUAUUUGUAAUGUUAAUAAUCUAUAUUAACGAUAAUUACCGCAUUAAUACCAUUAUUAUAUUUAGUACUAUUUAGAGAGUGAGGCUGCUACUAUAUUAAUGAAUUAAGUACUAAGUAACGGAUUAAGUAAUUCAUUAGACUUUAUAUAUAAAUAUAUAAAUAUUACUAAAAAACAUACUCUUCGCGUCGAACUGCGUUUAUCGGUUUUUCUCUUCGUAUACACGUUGAUUUCCUAUACAUAUACGGAAAUAUAUAUAUAAAUAUAUAUAUAAAUAUAAAUAUACAUAAAGUAUUUAAUAAUCACAGUACGACUGCCUCUGACUCGACUUAUUUUCUUUUCCGGCCGCGCUUGUUCAGUCGGCGUUUACGAGAACGGUUCUUUCGUUUUACCUAUUUACAUUCGACGACUACGUUAUUUUAUAUAUCGUAAUAGACAUAGACUGUACCACGAAAUAUUAAGUAAAAAUAAAUUUGAUUAGGUAAUACGA